UUAGGAAUAGAAUUUGUUCCUGUUAGAAAUAGAAUUUGUUCCUAUCAAGAAUUUUGAGUAGAAUUAGGAAAUUUUGUAGAUAUUUCCUAUUUGUACCUACUCUGUAUGGAGUAUAUAUAUUACUCCUUGAGAGAAUAAUAAACAUAUCAAUUUAAACCCUAAUAAUUUUGAGUAAGAAAAGUAAAGCAAUUGCAGAAGUUGUUGGGUGGUUUGGUUGAAAACGCAAUUACUUGUAGCAGUGGGCAGAGGAAAGGCCUUAAAUUCCACCACUCAUCCUCUCCUGGCUUCAUCUCUCUCUUCUCACCAAACUAGCUAAGUGAUGGCAGAGACUGCAGUGAACAUUGUCAUUGACAAGUUGGUUCUACUAUUAAGGGAAGAAGGGAAUUUGUUGAGAGGCAUCCAUGGCGACGUUACAAGCAUAAAAGAUCUCCUAAAGAGCAUGAAGUCUUUCCUAAAGGAUGCAGAUGCAAAAGCAGAAAGGGCAUACAUGGGCAGCGGUGUGAAAAUUUGGGUGAAGGAAACAGUGGAGAUGGCCACUCACAUAGAAGAUGCCAUUGAUGAAUACCUACAUCAUGUAGCAGACCGUCGUAAUAAACGUGGAUUUACUGGUUUCAUUCAUAAAACCAGUAACUUUUUGGGAGGGCUAUUUGCACGCCAUGAUAUAGCCUCGGAGAUUCAACUUAUCAAAAAACGUGUCCUCCAAAUCCAGCAAACAAGUAAAGUAUAUCGCUUCAAUUCAACAGAGCAAAUUUCAUUCAGCUUUUCAAGAAGAGAUGAUAUGUUAUUUGACCCGCGAAUGGCUUCCAUUUACACAGAGGAAGCCGAACUCGUUGGUAUUCAAACUUUGAGAGAUAAACUGAUAGGUUGGUCCAUAGGAGGAGAGGUAGCAUCUAGACGCUCAGUCAGUUCAUUGGUUGGCAUUGGAGGUCUCGGAAAGACCACUCUUGCAAGCAAAGUCUACGACAACCCAAGGUUCACGGAAUGGUUUGAUUGGCGCGCUUGGAUCACAGUGUCACAAUCAUACAAGAACGAAGACAUACUCAGAAACAUGAUUGCAGAAUUCCACAGGGUGAGGAAGGAGUCUGUACCAGAGGGAAUUGAAACAAUGGAUUUGAAAUUGUUGAUUGACACCCUGCGAGAAUAUCUCAAGGAAAAGAGAUACGCAGUUGUUUUUGAUGAUGUGUGGAGCACAAACUUGUGGCAUUGUGUAAAGCUUGCAUUACCCGAUAACAACAAUGGCAGUAGGAUAAUUAUCACAACUCGCAAGAAUGAGGUUGCUGCUGCUUGCAGAGAAGCUUUUUCUGAUCAAGUGUACGACCUUGAACCAUUGUCUCCAGACAAGGUGUGGGAACUCUUCUGCAAGAAGACAUUCCGAGUUUCCGGGGGAUAUUGUCCGCCAGAGUUGAAGAAAUUUGCUACUACAAUAGUUAGCAGAUGUGGAGGAUUGCCUCUUGCAAUUGUGGCUAUAAGUGGACUUCUACAAACCAAAGGCGGGGAUGUGUCUCAAUGGAGAAAAUUGCUUGAUAGUCUUACCUCAGAGCUGGAGUCUAAUCCUCAUUUGACAAAUAUUACAAAAAUUCUUUCUUUUAGCUAUUAUGAUUUACCAUACCAACUCAGACCUUGCUUCUUAUACUUUGGGACAUAUCCAGAAAAUCGCACCGUCAGAUGCUCUAGAUUAAUUCGGCAAUGGAUCGCUGCAGGGUUUAUAAAGGAGCAGAGAGGGAAAACAUUGGAAGAGGUUGCGGAAGAAUACUUGACCGAGCUUAUCCAAAGAAGCCUAGUUCAAGUGUCAUUAGUUGAUGAUUUUAGUGGGAAACUCAGAGAAUGUCAAGUCCAUGAUGUCAUGCGGGAGGCCGUGAUCCUUUUAAAGGCUAAAGAUAUAAGCAUUUCUGAAUUUUUGGAAGAAGAUUCAAGUUUCAACGAAAAUUCCAGGCACCUGUGUGUUUAUAGCAGUGCAUACAAUAUUUUUGGUAGCAUCGAAAGCUCUCAUGCCCAUUCCUUGUGUUUUUCCAAUGGCAUAGGUGAGCCACAAAAUCCUCUUACUGCUUGUAGCAACUUGUACAAAAGAUUCAAGUUGUUGAGAGUACUGGAUUUUGAAGAUAGUCUACUUGACAAUCUCCCUGAGGAAGUUGGAUACAUAUACCACUUGAGGUAUUUGAGCUUGAGGAAUACAAGAGUGAAGAUUCUUCCGAAAUCCAUGGGGAAGCUUGUGAACCUUGAGACUCUAGAUUUGAAGCAUUCCCUAGUGCAUCAAAUACCUCUUGAAAUCAAUAAGCUUCCUAAGCUUAGAAGUCUUUUAGCAUACACUGAGGAAAAGAACAAAGAGUUCAGUUUCACUAGUCGACGAGCCGUGGUGAUUCAGGAUGGGAUCGAGAGUUGGGGAAACCUGCAAAAGCUAUAUGAUGUGGAGGCAUCAAAUAGCCUUGUUAAAGAAGUAGGGAAUUCGACGCAGUUAAGAACGUUGGGAAUUCAUAAACUGACCAGAAAACAAGGGAAAGAUCUAUGCGCGUCCAUUGGAAAGAUGCCUCACUUGCAAUCAUUGGAAGUAAAAGCAAUAAAUAGUGAUGAAAUUAUUGAUAUACAGCAUAUGUCCAAUCCACCUCAACGUCUUCAAGGUUUCUAUUUGAUGGGGCGUCUAGAAAAGCUACCUGAUUGGAUUGCAGGACUUUGUCUUUUAACUCGAUUAAGUUUAUGUUGGUCGGGACUAGCAGGCGAUCAGGAUCCCUUAAAAGUCCUACAAGUUCUACCCAAUUUAAUGCAGCUUGUGAUCCAUGAGGCGUUUAGUUGUGAGGAGCUGCACUUUGAAAGAGGAUUUCUGAAACUGAAGGACCUCAGGCUCAGACACUUGAAAGGCCUGAAGUUGAUGACAAUACACAAUGGAGCAUUGCCCCUUCUUGAAACUUUGGAAAUUGGACCUAGUCCGCAACUGCAACAGGUGCCCUCUGGCAUUCGCCACCUUGAAAAUCUUAAAUCUCUAUUAUUGGUUGAUAUGCCUUCUCAUUUCAUGGAUGGGAUUCAUGUCCAAGAAACAGAGCAUCGCGUAGGUCCCAAAGUAUUUUUUAUUCAGAGCAUUAUAGGUACUAAUACAUUCAGAACCGUCAAAGUAAUAGAUUCAGCGAUUUUCGUGUAAUGGGCGAGACCUUUGCAAGGAAGGAAGCAGCAGCUGAAGUUAUGAAGUCCUUACAUAUUCCCAAGGGGGUACGUCGUGUGCUGUUUAGAACAUUAAACACUGACAGACGGCUUAUGUUCCAAAAGGAGUUUUACAGCAGCCAUGUGGGAUUUAUGAAGGAUGGAGCACGGUGGUUGGUGGACAACACAGACGUUAAACUUCUUGUUGAGAUAUACGUUUGCAUAUAUAUUUUGGCUUAGUUAUUGUUUUUUCCUUGGUACUUUUCAAAUCUCACUUUACCUCCUGCACUUUCGACUGUCUCACUUUACCCAUGUACUUUUAUUUCGUGUCUCACUUUGCCCCCUGUUAAUGGAUUAACAAAAUUGACAGAUUAGGGCAAGGCGAGGUACAAAGUUAAAUAAAGGGGGUAAAUUGAGAUUUGAAUAAAUGUAUAGAGGGGAAAACAAUGACUAAGCCCUUUUCUUUGUUGGCAUAACAUGUAGCUUACAACAGAUUUAUUUGUCAGGUUGAUCAAACUUAACAGGCAUCAAUUAAGUUUAAGUAGAUAAUGCCUUUAUAAAAAAAUUAAGUAGAUAAUGCAAGAUGUAUUCCAUGCCCAUUAUAUUCCUUUUAUUUGUUCCUAAUAUUAGGUUCCUAAUAUUCGUUUGAAACUGUGACACUAUUGUUCAGUUUGCAUUUGUAUUUAGGGUAAUAUAGUCUUGUUUUUGAGUUCUUUUUCAGUAGGAGACUGUUGAUUUCCUUGCUUUUUUACAUUAUCAUUUUUUUUCCUUAUCUGAAGCUGAUGCUUUUUUCUGUUAUGAAAUGUUGGAAUUGAUUACUUAUCUGUUGCUGCAUAUGAUGAUUUGAUUCCGUCCCACCUUGUUUUUCUAGAAGGCAGGGAAAUCAUUCUUGUUGAAGCCUUAAAACUUGAUGACAUCCAACCAGGAAUAUAUUCUGUCCGCUGCUUACCUUUGAGGUUGCCGGGUGCAGAAGGAUCACCGAUAAGAUGCAUUCUUAUCGAAUGAUGCACCUGCCUAUGUUCUUAUCUUUGAAAUGAUGGUCGCCCCAGGACAAGUAGAGCAUGGAAUAAAGACGCAUCAAGACUGAACAUAGAUCGUGCUUGCGAGGAAUGGAAUAGAUGUGCAAUGUAAACUAUCAUCUUGGAUAAUUGGAACACCAUGUUCUAGUGGCCCUACCGGUAACUGUUACCGGUAGAACAUACAAUAACCAGUGCUGCUUUGAACCUUCAAUAUCCAACACACACCUUGGUCUCAACAGAUUUCUCAUUUAAGAAAAAAUUUAUGUUUUCCGAAUGUGGUUGGAUUGGACCUCAAUUCUGUGAAGUUAAUUACUGUUGUAGAAUCC